CUCCCUUCUCUCUCCCUUCAAUUCUUUCGUUCUCUCCUGUUCCUUGUAGCCUUCUCCUCUCUAUUCUCUCUGCCUCCCUCCAUCCUCAUCUUCUCUCUGCCUUCCUACUUCUGUUCUCUCUCUCUCCCUCCCACUAGCCCCUUUCACCUACUCCUCUUUCCCCACCUUAGCCCACCAUGCUCCCCUUCUCCUCCUGACACUUUCCCUCUCCUCCUGACACUUUCCCUCUCCUCCUGACACUUUCCCUCUCCUCCAUGUACCUUUCUAUGUCCGGAUAUUUGAUGUCUAAAUGUCCAAUGACCCCGUGAAGAGGGAUCUCCACGUUUGAAAUCUCUUGAGUCUGUCUUCCUGACUGCAGAAUGAGUUGCAGGCUGGCACUGUGUGUCCUGGUUCGGGUGUCUCUGCUGUCUGGGAUCCUGGUUGGAAUGUCCGUGGGUCAGGACAUGUCCCAGCCAUACUACCACCAGGAGAAUGUGAUCGACCUUCUGGAAGCCCUGAACAUCACAAGAUCUAUAAGGGGAGUGAGCAGAAGCAAAGGCCUGGAGCCAGGGUUCCCAGCCUGGAAGUUCCGUAACCGUGUGCCACACCUCACACUGCCACGGGAUUAUGCCAUCUACUUCCUCACCUCCAUGCAAGGCUCCAUUGGCUUCCACUUUGUGGCGAAGCAGAGCAAGAACUCCGAGGGGACGGUGAUCUCCUUUACCUCACCAACCAUCACCAAGAAGGAUGGGCAGCCACUUCUACAGCUUGUGUCCAGCACCAGAAGUAACCAGCUUCGACUGGAUUACCGAACUGUGCACAAUAUGGAGCCAUCGUCUGUCACCUUCCCUGGAGGGACCCCCUUUGGGAAUGGGCAAUGGGGCAGAGUGGCCUUCAACCUAGAAGCUCAGAAGAUAACACUAUUCAUUGACUGUGAGGAAGACAUCAUCUUUGAAAAGACCAUGGGCGAUGAUGCCAUUAGCCUGAUCCUCCCCAUUGACUUGGAGAUUCACUUCUCCAGUACAGCGGGAGAUCGCAGCAGCAAGUUCACGGGCUAUUGGCAGACCGCAGAAAUCUCCCCCAGUGGAUUCAUUCGCCGCCCGUGGCACUGUGAUAAUCUCCCAGAUUCAUUACCUUUGCCAUAUUCCUUGGUUGAGGAACGUUAUUCUAAUUCCGAUGAACAAUUCCAAUUCCACGAAGAGGAUUCCCCACAUCCGUUGUCAUUGUCUGACAUUAGUCAGUAUCGGCAGCAGCAGAGUGAUGCUGGGGAGUCCGUGCUAAGCCACAACCUAUCAUCUGCAAACCCAGAGCAACGCCUGGCAAGGCUAGAGGAGAUGGUGACCUCACUGGGCACAAUGCUGGAUAUGCUGAAAGCUCAGAAUGCUGAGCUGUUAGUACGAGUCAAGCACCUGGAGACGUGUGAAUGCAGGAAGCCCACAUGUUCAUGGCACGGGAGACAGUAUGAGGAGGGUCAGUUGUGGGAGCAGAAUCUCUGCAGCACCUGUACCUGCACCAAAGGCGAGGUACAUUGUUCCAGGCGGAAUGACAGUGCGAUCUGUCAGGAUCCCUGUGUUACCAGACCCUGCAAGAAUGGGGGUCACUGCCAAGCUCUCCCCUCGGACUCUGGGCAACAUCCCUCUGGAUUUACCUGCAGCUGCCCCAUGACAUCCACAGGACGUCUGUGUGAGAAGCCAAUGGUUCAGGUCUGCUCUCUGCCCAGGCUUAAAGGUGUUUGUAAAGGAAAGCACAGCAUUUCGACGAGGCGCUGGUUUUACAGUACCCUCUCGGGUUUGUGUGAGGAGUUUGAUUAUAGUGGCUGUGGCGGAAACAGCAACAAUUUUCAGACACGUGAGGAAUGCACAAAGCGAUGUGAGGUUGGUGCUUGCUGCUUCCGCCAACCAAAGCUGACCAAUUUCCUGAUUGGCUACGAUCAUGAAGGUUAUGAUCGCUAUGGAUACAAUGUAUCUGGCCUGGAUCGGUCUGGUAGGCAUCUGGUGGCCUUUAACCCUGUGCGUUCUGGACCUGCACUGUUCGGGCCAAAUGGACAGGUCUUCAGUGGCCUGAGCGAUGGACGUGAGUUUGACAAGUAUGGGUUUGACAAACAGGGUUAUGACCGGGAUGGGUUUCAUAAGGACACUGGGUUUAAUCUGACUGGAUACAAUAAAAGAGGAGAGCACGACUCCAGACGCGAGUUUGACACGACUGGAUUCAACGCUGAGGGUUAUAACCGUGCCCAGUUUGACUGUGUUGGGAUCAAUCGCGAGGGGUUCAACUACCUUGGCUAUUUCGCAGCCUUUGACUACCAUUGUGAAUACCUGCCGUCCUCACACUGCCAGGCCAUCGAUCGAGCUGACCUGAGGAGAGAGGUGGUCAGCUUCAGACCAGGCCAAAGGUGUGAGGACAGCUCCUGUGGCCAGAGUUGUGGCUGCACCUUCCAAGGUCGUUCCUAUCACUUUGGCGAGUCCUUUGAGUACAGUUGUGAGAUCUGUCUGUGCAGUUACACCGGAGUGAUCGAGUGUAACUGUCGACAUGUCAGUCAACGCAAGGAGAUCCGAGAUAUGAUGGCUGGCGAGAUGAAGGCUUAUCAGGCCGCAAUACGGGAUCUCUACUCAAAACAAGGUACCUGGGAGGAGUUUGCCAGAUUGAGAGCGGAGUACGCUCGGCAGGCCAAUGGUCCAUUUACCUUCCUUCCCUGGCACCGAUACUUUCUCCGCAUGGUUGAGCGGGAGUUGCAGAAGGUAUCAUGUGACAUCAGCAUUCCAUACUUUGAAUGGACCAUUGAUGUGGGCUCAAUGGAAAGCUCAACUGCCUGGCAGGCUAAUUUCUUUGGGCCGAAUGGAGACUCCAAGACAGAAUGUGUCUUACAACACCCUUUCCAGCAGGACAGCAAGUGGGAACCUUGUCUCCGUCGCCAGUUUAACUCUUCCAUCACUCUGCCCGAUGCCAUCAACAUCCAGCUGAUAUUGGCAGAAGAAGACUUUGACCAAUUCUCCAUUCAGAUGGAGGCCAUCUCGGGCCUCUUCCAUCUUUGGGUUGGAGGUCACAUGGCCUCUCCUUUCAGUCCUUACGAUCCGAUCUUCCUGUCUCAUUAUGCUUUUGUCGACAAGCUUUGGACUCACUGGCAAGACCGCAGUCCCAAUGGCUUGCCCCGUUAUCCUCCUGAACUCCGGUUUGUGAAGAUGAAACCAUUUGACAUUGCCCCAGAUGAUAUCCUCCUGUCUCAGCAACAGCUAUGUACGACCUAUGCCCCAGUCACACUUGGUGCCCCCUGCAACGAUACGACCCCUGACCCCGCCGUCCAUCACCACAACGGCUACAACGGGGAAGAUUAUGAUCAACCUGCCCAGCCUGAACUGCAGGGAGAGUAUGAUGUACAUGGCUACAAUCAGUACGGAUACGAUCGCCAUGGCUACGACCAAUCCGGUUGGGAUCCAUAUGGUUACAACAGAGACCACUUCAACCGGGAUGGUUUUGAUGUUGAAGGAUUUGACGUUUCUGGAUAUAAUCGGUAUGGAUUCAAUCGGUCACAAGUGACACCAUUUGGAAUGAGGAAGGAUGAGUCCUAUCUGCCUUAUGUUGAAGUGGAGCUCAUCGACUCGCUCUUUGACAGGGGCUAUAACAUGUACGGGUACAACAAGUUUGGGUUGGAUAAGAACGGGUUCGAUGUGUUUGGCUUUGAUGAGAAUGGCUAUGACAAGGACAAUUGUAAUUAUUUCUUCCGUGGCCCUCAUCACAUGAGAUUCUACUUCUUCAUCCAGCAGCAGUUAUACAUGACCAGUCCCGAGCUGCUGCUCAAUGUUAAACGUAUCUGCCUUCCCAUAAGCCCGCUCCCAGAUUGGUGGCUUGUUCAGAACUGGAUGACUAUUGAUGUGCAAGAAACAGUCACCACAAUCAGGCUGAUUGAACAGAAAUGGGCAUCCAGUCAUCCAUUUGACCACGGAUAUAUCCCCAGCAUCACCUCCGUGAAAGACAACAACCUCUGGCUUCCUGUGACCCCUGACCUCAGGUUUUGUUUCGAGUUGCACUGGUACUCUGGUUGUCCACUGGGCACUCUCCCAGUCAGGUGCCCGGACCUGUGCCAGGACACAAAGUGCCUGGGAUUUCCAAAUGCGGAGUGCCGGGUGCAUCGCUGUGGCGCCUGUUUCAGCGAGUGGUAUGAUCAAGGGAGGAGCCGCCAUGUCAUGUGUCACGGUUGUAGCUACAAAGGGCAGCCUUUCCAAAAUGGAGAUUCCUUCCUUGCUGAUACCUGUACAUCUUGUGUGUGUCUGAACGGUGCUGUGUCCUGUGCCCCAGUGCAGUGCCAGGCUCUGAGCUGUGAAGACCCUGUGAAGAGACCGGGAUCCUGCUGUUCAGAAUGCCCCCACGGCUGUGCGGAUGGAAGAACUCACAAUGAGAGCUGGAAAGUCAAUGCCUGUACACAGUGCUCCUGUAAGAAUGGAAAUGUCCACUGCCAGGAGGUCACCUGCCCUCAGCUCACCUGUUUGGACCAGUACAUACCAGCUAGGGAGUGCUGCGCCAUCUGUCGGCCAGGCUGUGAAUAUGAAGGAAAGCAGUAUAUGAAUGGAGACAUUUUCUCAUCCACUGUUAACCCCUGUAUGAACUGUUCGUGUGUGAAUAACCUGGUGAGAUGUGUCCCUCUCCAAUGCCAGCCAUUGUUGUGUUCAAACCCGGUCCAGAUGCCUGGGCACUGCUGCCCGAGAUGCCCAGGCUGUGAACUGGACGGAGCCACCUUAGACCACGGGCAAACAGUCAGCUCCCUAGACGGCUGUCAGACAUGUGUGUGUGCAGAAGGACGAGUUGUGUGUGAAGAGAAAGUGUGUCAGACCAACUGCAGGAAUCCUGUGGCCCCGGCAGAUGGCAGCUGCUGUCCCCUGUGUGUCGCACACUGUUCUCUCGAUGGACAGGAAUAUCUGAAUGGGCAGAGGGUGUCCACUGGAGAUCCAUGUGUAGAUUGUAGCUGCCUGGACGGAGCGAUUCGCUGUGAGCCUGUGUCCUGUCAGCCAUUGAGCUGCAGGAAUCCCGUUCAGAAACCGGGGGAGUGCUGCUCCAGGUGCGAACAGUGCGAGUAUGAAGCUGAGACCUUCCAGGAUGGCCAGGUCUUUACUCCACACUCCAAUCCCUGCCUGAGGUGUCAUUGUGAGGCUGGCAAUGUAUCCUGCCAACGAAUGGACCGGAAUUGCCCCCCUGUUCACUGCAGUCAUCCGGCCUAUCAAGCAGGACAUUGCUGCCCAUCAUGUGACAUGUGCGAGUAUGAGAGUGCCCUCAUUGGCAAUGGCCAGAUGUUUCACCCCAUUUUUGGUGGACCCUGCAUUCAGUGCACUUGUUCAAAUGGUGACGUACAAUGUCAGGAGGAAAUCUGCCCCCCACUGACCUGCAGUAACCCAUUCAGAGAUCCGGGACAGUGCUGUCCCACAUGUACAGUGUGUAUCCUGCAGGGGCUGGAGUAUGAAGACGGAGCAGAAUGGGAACUGGAGGAGAGUCACUGCACCACCUGUACCUGUGCCAUUGGUAAUGUCACCUGCAGACCCAAGCAAUGCCCACCUGUCUCCUGUCUACACCCAAGCUUAAACAAUGGAAAUUGUUGCCCGUCAUGUGAUCAAUGCACAUACAACAAGCGACAGUACAGGAAUGGCCAGGAAUUUAUCGACCCUGACAAUCCUUGUCAGAACUGUCACUGCCAGAGUGGGACAGUGCGCUGUACACCAACUGACUGCCUCCCCACAAGCUGCACACGGCCAGAGAGGAAAGCAGGGCAGUGCUGUGCGAAGUGCCCAGACUGUGUGUUUGAGGGGCGUGUUUUAUUGGAUGGCCAGCGGUUCCCCAAUCCUGUGAAUCCAUGCCAGGAAUGUACCUGUGUGAACGGCCAGGUGACCUGUGAGAAGAGGGAUUGUAUCAGCGCCCUGUGUUCCUACCCUCUGUCAGGAUCCUGUUGUCAUAACAACUGCAACGGUUGUCAGUUUGCUGGCAAGGAGUAUCCCAAUGGUGCAGACUUCCCACAUCCCAUUAACAAGUGUAAGGAGUGUCAUUGCAUUAACGGGAACGUGCAAUGUCUGUCCAGGAGAUGUCCCCCUAUCACUUGCAGUGAGCCAUUCCUCAUACCUGGAGAAUGUUGUCCUCAGUGUCCAGCUCCCCCGAGUGAAUGCCAUUACAAUGGCCUUCUUUACCAACACAUGCAGCGUUUCUAUGACCCCUCCGAUGCCUGCCGUUCCUGUAUAUGUAACAACGGCACCAUCACCUGUCAGAGAAAGCCGUGUGCCCCCCUGCAGUGCUCACAUCCCAUCCUGCAGGACUGUUGUCGGACCUGUGAUGGCUGCCUGUUUGAUGGGAAGGAGUUUGCCAACGGCGAGCAGUUUGCUGACGUGUCCAACAGCUGUAACGUGUGUGUGUGCAGGGAAGGCAGUGUCUCCUGUGAACGAACCCCGUGCCCCGUGCUGGAGUGUCCUUUCCCCACACAGGGACCUUGCUGCAGAGUCUGUGAUGGGUGUAAUUAUAUGGGAGAGGAGUACCUGAAUGGUCAGGAGUUUCCUGGCCCCCUCGACCCCUGCAGUCGCUGUGAGUGUAUCAGUGGUUUUGUCAGCUGCUCAAGGAGGCCAUGUUACAGUCCAGGCUGCAGUCACCCCAUCAACCUCCCAGGACAGUGCUGCCCUGUGUGUGAAGGCUGUUACUAUGGCGGUGUUACUAUCGGUAACGGACAGACAUUCGCUGAUCCCACUGACACAUGCUCACAAUGUUCCUGCCGGAGCGGCUCAGUGCACUGUGUGAGGGCAUUGUGUGCCCCUGCUCCGUGCUCCCAUCCCAUCAUUGGACGCUGUGACUGUCCCCAGUGUGAUGGCUGUCACUUCCAAGGUGAAGAUUAUGCGGAAGGAGCAACGUUCCCAUCUCCGAAAGGAAAGUGUGAGGAGUGCCGGUGCCAGAAAGGACAAGUGAUCUGUGACGCCAAACGCUGCAAAAAAGCGUCAUGUCCCCACCCAUCGAUCAACAUUUGCAGCUGCCCAGUGUGUGAUGGCUGUCGUUACGAUGAGAGAGAUUAUAAAAAUGGUGAAAGGUUCCCAGACCCGAGUGACAAAUGUAACCGCUGUGCCUGUCGGAAUGGUCAGGUUACCUGUCAGCCUGUGUCCUGCCCAUCCGUCAGUUGUCAAAAUCCAGUGACCCCUGUUGGGAAGUGCUGCCCGCAGUGUACUGGCAUCUGUCAUUACCUGGGACAGGUCUAUGAGAGCGGAACCACUUUCAACUCCCCCUCUGACAAGUGCUCAAAGUGCACCUGCCUGGCUGAGAUGGUGACCUGCUGGAAGAGACCGUGCUCCAAACAGUGCACCCACCCAGUUGUCAGCUCGGCCUGUUGUCCUGAGUGCGAUGGCUGUUCCUUCGAGGGCAUGGAGUACGAAAACCGAGAAACCUUCUUCCCUCCAUCCAACCGGUGUAAACGCUGCAGCUGCCUCGAUGGCAGUGUGUUGUGCUUGGACAUUGUUUGUCCACAGGUGACCUGUUCGGAGCCCAUGACAAAAGCAAAGGCAUGCUGCCCAGAGUGCCCAGUCUGUAUCCAUCGCGGUAAACAGUACGAAGGAGGAUCACACUGGGUUUCAGCAGUGAACCCCUGCCACACAUGUACAUGUACGGAGGGAGAAGUGACCUGUUUGGAGCCAGAGUGUGAUGUCACAUGUCAACACCCUGCACAGAUUCCAGGCCAGUGCUGUCCUGUUUGUCGGGAUUGCUACUUUGAAGGGAAUAUCUACAGCAACAGGGAAACGUUCAAACCGGACGCCUGCAGGGACUGCUCAUGUAACGAUGGUGAUGUGCUGUGUUUGCCCGUCAAGUGUCCAACGCUUAGCUGCAGGCAACAAAUAACGAAGCCGGGAUCCUGCUGCCCUCUGUGUCGAGGCUGUAUGUACAAUGGGAAGGAAUACCAGGAGGGAGGGACCUGGUCUGCACCCACAGUCCCCUGCAUGACGUGUAUGUGUGUGGAUGGCGUCACCACCUGCUCUGCGAUUCAUUGUAUCACACCGUGUGUGAAUCAGAUCCACGUUCCUGGAGAGUGCUGCCCGCUCUGUGCAGACUGCAUCUACAAUAACCGUAUAUACAGCCCGGGUGAGAGUUUCCAGCCAAGCAGUGACCCCUGUGAGACCUGUACCUGUGAGGUGAUGCUGGAUGGAGAGCAGCACUUACAUUGUUACCGCCAUCAGUGCCCCAGUCUCGUGGACUGCCCAACGAAUCUGAUUGUGGCUCCAUCGCCUGGUCACUGCUGCCCCAGCUGUGCCCAGCCACUGAGUAACUGUACUGAUGAGCUGCUUGGAAGUGAGCUGCUGUCUUCUGCUGACCCCUGUUACAGCUGUCAUUGCAAGGAUUUGACCUGGAUCUGUAUCCAUCAGAGCUGCCCCUUACUGAGCUGCUCCGUCUCAGAACAAUUCACUCCAGCUGGUUCCUGCUGUCCAAUAUGUAAUGAAUGUGUGGUUGAGGCUGAAAACCAUCGUGUUUCCGACGGUGAGACCUGGACUGAUUCUGUCGAUGAAUGCAUAACAUGUUCCUGCAACCUUGGCCACAUUGAGUGCCACAUCAAGGAAUGUCUUUCUGUUAUCUGCCAUGAUGGUCUGAUCAAGGUCCGUUCUCCAGGCCAGUGCUGUUAUGAGUGCCAAGAUCCCCGGAUGUCCUGCAGCUACCAGGGACAGAAGUACCAGUCGAACCAGCACUGGGAAGUGGAUGAAUGUACCACCUGCACCUGUAUCUCCGGGCAGGUUCACUGCCAAACUGAGCACUGCCCACCAGUCAGCUGUUCAUCGGAUGAGAGCCCGGUGCUGAUUCCAGGAAUGUGUUGCCCUCACUGCAUCCCUCGCCCUGCCACGUGUAUGGUAUUCGGUGACCCCCACUACCUCACAUUUGACAGAAAGAUGAUCCACUUCCAAGGAGCCUGCAGCUAUGUUCUGGCAGAAGACUGCAAGGGAGGGGACUUCAGUAUCCACGUGACCAACGAUGAUCGAGGUCGGAAGGGAGUGUCAUGGACCAAGGAGGUGACCGUGCUGAUCGGGGAGCUGAUUGUCCAACUUCUCCAAGACUGGGUCGUCAUGGUGGACGGUCGCAGUGUGUCUCUGCCUUUUCUCAAGGAGCCGUAUAUCUACAUUGAGAGGAGAGCCAACAGUGUCCUGCUCAACACCAACAUCGGUGUGAAGGUCCUGUGGAAUGGGAAAUCCCAUUUAGAAGUCAGCUUGCCUGGAACAUACAAAGGGCAGGUGUGCGGGCUUUGUGGGAACUUCAACAACUACCCCCAAGAUGACAUGCGGAUCCGCAGCGGACAGAUUGUCACCUCUGAGGCAACGUUUGGUAACAGUUGGAAGGUACACAGUAAUAACCAGAGCAGGCUGCUCUGUCCAGAUGCAGAAGACAUUGACCCCUGUAAACAGGCGGGUUACCGAGCUCGCAAAGAGGCCAAUGCCAAGUGCAAGAUCCUGAAGUCCAAGGUGUUUGAGCGAUGCCAUGCAGUUGUGCCACCUGAGAUGUUUUUCAGCUCCUGUGUCUAUGACCUGUGUGCUUGUGGUUCGAAUAUCGACGACUGCUUGUGCGAUGCUUUGGAGGCUUAUGCAUCUCAGUGUCGAGAAGCUUCACUUGUCCUGAACUGGCGAUCACCAACUCUCUGUGCUGUCGGUUGUCCAUCUGAUCGUGGUUACGUGUUUGAUGAGUGUGGCCCUCCAUGCCCUAAGACCUGUUUUAACAAAGAUGUUCCCCUGGGAGUGAUCGACGCUCACUGCUUCAAGCCUUGUGUUCCAGGCUGUCAGUGUCCUGCUGGUCUAGUGGAACAUGAAUCUCAUUGUAUAGCACCAGAGACCUGUCCAAAAAUCAUCCAAGGGAACCUGGGAUUGACACAAUGACAGAGACGAAUGCAGAUUCACACCCACACUCACUCACACCCACACCCACACCCACACUCACACACACUCACACACACCCGUCAGACACUGCUAGUACAUUUAUAGCCAGUGUUUUACUGUAUACAGUAAUGGAUAGGAGGAAACGCAGAAGUAACAGGCCAAACUCAUCUUGUAAUGUUGGCUGACACACUCCAAGCAAAGACCAGCUAAAACCAGAGAGACAAUCUCUUCAAACACGCAGAUCACAAAGUCACGUACGAUUGGACUCUCUCUGGCUGACUGGCUAUUGGAUAACAGAUAUACAGAGGUGCUUAUAUUCAUUUUCUAUUUUCAUUCAAGUCACUGUUUCUGAGCAUCAAGACUCACCUGACUAGUACUUCACUGUAUUAUGUAAAUUAGGUUUUCAGUAUUUUUGUGGUUGUUAAGGUUGGGAAUCAUAGUCCUGUGGCACUAUCUAAUUAAAGACUGUCUAAGCGAUUCUAUUCUUGUUUAAAGGUUCAGAGUUGGAACCUCAGCAUUCCUGAACUCAGACACAUUUCUGAUCAGUGUGGACAGCCCAAGCACAGAUUAGAUACAAUGCAAACACUUUCUGUGCUGUCCCAUCAAACGAUCCCAGGACAGGAGCAGCACGGGUUGGAUAUAUGGUAAAGAUCCGAUACCCCUGUUACCAUCCCGCCUUAUCACUUGCCAGAGCUCUCUUCAUCAAUUGUUGAAUCCACCUUUGCUUUUUUUUUGCUGAACAACAUUAAUCCGAAUUAAUGAUUGCUAUGGAAGGGCAUUAUCCCAACAUUCAUCGCAGCAGUGAAAAUCCUUGAAGAACUCCGUAGGUCAUGUGGUUUCAGAGGAUUAUAACUUCCUCACGAAACACUAUAAUACCUCCAUCUUAAGUUGUUACUUAAAAAAAGUGAAAACGCUCCAACCAUCCUGUGGUGGGAAACAGCGAAAUAGAUAUUGCAAGAAAGGCAAAAAUGGAAAGGAGACUAACUCCUGUACUUAUCUUUGUCUGAUAUUGAAGGGUGUAUUAUAUUAACAGAGAGAUGAGAUCUAGCUAAAUGUUUCAUCUGAAAGAUGGCUCCCUCAGCAGUGCAGUGUUCCCUCAGUGCUGCCCUGGGAGUGUCAGUCUCGUUUGUGCUGAGGUCCCUGAAGUGGGCUUUGAACCCAGGACCUUUCUGACUCAGGCAAGAAUGCUAUCACUGAGCCACAUCCAACACCAUAACUGACAUGUGAGGAUCCCUGAGUAUGUGUGACAGACACAGGUACUCAGUUGUUUGAGAACCUGAUGGAGGAUCUAAUGGUAGAACCUACGCUGGAAAGGUAAAUCCAAGUUUGACCAUCUUGGAGUGAGACUGUCCUCUGAUCUGGAGUUCAGACUUAAGGUGCAAAACUUAUUCAAAAUUAUUCAUACUUACGUAAUCACUGAGGAGUGUUGACGCCUAGUGUACACUCUGCAAUAAAACUAAGUUUUUCAACCAUU